UGUGUAGAAGAAGAGUAGCCCUGGGUGGCUAGCUGGCAGUGGUUCAGAUAUGUCAGAGAACUGACAGCAGUAGUUAGUGAGUUAUCCAAAACAAAGUGCCAGGAAGCUUAACGGGGUGAUUGUAGGGCACGAAACCUCGCCAGGUGGACUGUGUAGAGGGUUGGCUAACCGGCAAAACGUUAACGGAUCCCGGACCUUUAAUAUCUGACCACCGCUGGUUAGCUCGCAUUAGCUGGCUAGCUGGGGAGCUCCCGAAGAAGUAACGUCGGGGUUUGUUUCAUACAGUCAUCAUGUCUGCGGCCGGAGACUUCGGAAACCCUUUAAGAAAAUUUAAAUUGGUCUUCCUCGGGGAGCAGAGUGUGGGAAAGACUUCGCUGAUCACCAGGUUCAUGUACGACAGCUUCGACAACACUUACCAAGCCACAAUAGGAAUAGAUUUCCUGUCGAAAACCAUGUACCUUGAAGACCGAACAAUCAGGUUGCAGUUGUGGGACACGGCGGGGCAAGAACGGUUUCGUAGCCUUAUCCCGAGUUACAUCAGAGACUCUGCUGCUGCUGUCGUAGUGUAUGACAUCACAAACGUCAACUCCUUCCAGCAAACCACAAAAUGGAUUGAUGAUGUGAGGACGGAGAGAGGAAGUGAUGUCAUUAUUAUGUUGGUGGGAAACAAGACAGACCUUGCAGACAAAAGACAGAUAACCACAGAGGAGGGAGAACAGAGAGCGAAAGAGAUGAAUGUUCUGUUUAUUGAAACAAGUGCAAAGACAGGCUACAAUGUCAAACAGCUUUUCCGUCGCGUGGCAGCCGCCCUCCCUGGCAUGGAUAACACACAGGACAAGAGUAGAGAGGACAUGAUUGAUAUUAAGCUGGAGAAGCCACCAGAGGUACCGGUCAGUGACGGAGGCUGUUCCUGCUAAUGCCCGCUUAUGUCAUUGCUAAAUAUUUCCCUUACUGGCUUUUUCUCAAACCCAGUUGUUUUUUUUUUCUGUACCCUUCACUGCACCGCCUCUGUUCCCCAGCCUGAAAGAGAACACUACAUCUGUUUUCCUCGCCAUUGUGGAAACCUGCUUCCUCAUCUGGACGCUCUGAAAGUCAUAAAUCACUUAAAUGGAAUAUUUGCACUUUAACACACGUACGUUGAAACUGUCAUUUCAAAAAGAAAGAGAUGAUAGCAGAAGAGUUACAAGUCACAGCUAGUUUGUGUCUAAAGAUGAGUUUUUGUACCAAACUGAAAGAAAGAAAAUGUGUGUUUAAGACAUCAAAGUAUGUGUUUAAAAGUGAGAAUAUUCUUUAAAAAGUUUAAUAUCGCUUUAAGCUUAAUAAGCACAAUGUGGAUGUUUUUUGCAUUUGUCGGUUAAUUAAUAAUUUGUGCUGUUGCAAUCGAUUGGCAAGAAUUCAUUCAUGAAUUGUGUUAUCAAACUUUUCUGUUAUUUAAAUCUGUCUGGGAUUAAUAUGUGGAAAUAGUUGCAAUGUUGUGUCGAAGUAAAUCAGCUGGGGACAUCUCAGUGUUGACACACACAUUGUAUACACCCACGACGCAGCUGAAGUUGGAAGUGGCAGCCAUGAGCUCAUUUUAAACUGCUUGUGUGCUUUGUGGUUCCAGUUCUCCCCAACAUGUACCAGCACGAUAUGACGAGUCAGUACACAGUCACACACCACCGUACGGUCUCAGACCAGCACAAACACAUGACACCUACCACAAGAGCAGCACUCCACCAUCCACAUUACCGUCCUUACUCUCUUCCCACACUUGUCCCUUGAGUUUGGUUAUUUUUACCAUUGCUUCCAUUUUCUAUUUUUAUUUGGAUAGAUCUUUAAUUUUACUUCUAAAGACUACAGCUAUCAUAGAUUAAAACUGUUUCUUUGAUGAUUGUGUUCGAGGAGGAUUUUCUCAUAUAUUAAGAGUCAUAAUCAUGAAACCCAACAUAAACAUUAGAGAUGGAGAUAUAUGCCUUUCGGAGUUUAAUUGUAGAGGGCUUCCUUGGCUUUGGGUUUAUCUAGUUAAGUUUGGGAUGUUUUAUGAACGUGUGUUUUCUUUUUGCUUGUUUUUAUUUUUUUUGGCAUUGAUCUUUUGUUAGUGAUUCUACAUGUGUAUUUAAUCCACAAUGACUUGUAAUAUUUAUUUCUAUUGGAUUCAUGUUUUUUUUUUUAUGGCUGUUAAUAUCUUCACUUUUGGUAUGUGUCCUGAACCGCUAAUAAAAUAUGCAUUCAUCUGGACCACCUUUAACAGAAUCAGUCUGUCUGCUGUUCCCGGUACCACCUCUAAAUGGCAAUUUGAUCAUACUGAAUACCGUGCAAUUUUUGUGUGAACUUAAGGAGGAGAGUCUGGUUUGUAAAGCAUAGUAGUCCUUAACUUUUCUGUCUGGAAUGGUUUUAAAUGAAAGAAUAAAGAUACACUUGUCACCGCU